GUACAGUCUGUGGUAUUGUGUAGUCUCAAUAAAAAUAAAUUAAUGCAAAUAAUAAAUAUUAAUUGAAAAAAAAACACACAGAUUCUUGUAUGUGCUGCCAACCAAAUAAAUGUUAAGCAAGUUAACCUCAAUUUUUGGCGUUUUUAAGCUCGAAAAAAAUUGAUAAAAAUGACCAUUUUGCGGGGCUGGCGUUACAAUGUUUUUAUUGGAGGUCUAGUGGGUGUUAUAGGUUUAGUUCUGUAUCCCAUUGCAAUUGACCCAAUGUUAAAUACGGAAAAAUAUAAAAAAAUACAAGAAAGAAAUAGGAAAGGAAUUAAGCAAGAGGAUGUCCAACCAGAUAUGAAGGUUUGGUCAGACCCCUUUGGUAGGAAACAAAACUAGUUGUUGUAAAUAGGUAUAUUUUAUGCAAAAUAAAUUAAUAAGAGACUUGCACUAUUUAA